AAGAAGCUCAGUUGCUGCGUGACUGUAACGAUGGCGUCCGCCUUGAGAGGAAGCUUGGUAUCAUUGGUCAAGGGUCUGAGCGGCCCCCAGUGGCAGCUGCUGGCCUCUCGUCCACUGAGUGUGUCUGCUGCUCUCUGUGGCCCCGAGGCCCCCCCGGCCCGCGCUGAUGCCACCUUUAAGGUCACCAUGUUGCCAGGGGAUGGAGUGGGACCUGAGCUGAUGACGGCUGUCAAGGACGUGUUUAAGGCAGGAGAUGUCCCGGUGGAGUUUGAGGAGUUUCGCCUGAGUGAGGUGCAGAACAUGGCCAGCGAGGAGAAGCUCGAGCAGGUUUUAACCUCCCUGAAGAUCAACAAAGUGGCCAUGAAAGGAGUAAUCCACACACCCAUGGAGUUCAAAGGGGAGCUGGCUUCAUAUGAGAUGAGACUGAGGCGUAAGCUGGACUUGUUUGCUAACGUGGUGCAUGUGAACAGCCUGCCGGGCUACAGCACCCGCCACAACAACCUGGACCUGGUCAUCAUCCGCGAACAGACCGAGGGCGAGUACAGCUCCCUGGAGCACGAGAGUGUGCCGGGUGUGAUCGAAUGCUUGAAGAUCAUCACCAGAGUGAAGUCUCGGCGCAUUGCCAAGUUCGCCUUCGAUUACGCCACCAAGAAGGGACGUAGCAAGGUCACCGCUGUUCACAAGGCCAACAUCAUGAAACUAGCUGAUGGCCUGUUUCUGCAGUGCUGUGCUGAGAUUGCAGAGCUGUACCCCAAAAUCAAAUUUGAGACCAUAAUCAUUGAUAACUGUUGCAUGCAGCUGGUGCAGAACCCGUACCAGUUUGACGUGCUGGUGAUGCCCAACCUGUAUGGGAACAUCAUUGAUAACCUGGCAGCGGGGCUGGUUGGUGGAGCGGGAGUUGUUCCUGGAGAAAGCUACAGUGGAGAGUAUGCUGUGUUUGAGACCGGUGCGCGCCACCCCUUUGCACAGGCUGUAGGAAGGAACAUUGCUAACCCCACAGCCAUGCUGCUCAGUGCUGCUAACAUGCUCAGGCACCUCAACCUGGAAUAUCACUCCAAUAUGGUGUCAGAUGCUGUCAAGAGGGUCAUCAAGCAGGGCAAGGUCCGGACCCGAGACCUUGGCGGUUACGCAACCACUAGCGACUUUGUGCGUGUUGUUACGGAAAACCUGCGUCACCGACCUGUUCGAUAAGAUGUAUCGCCACACUGCUUCCCUAAAUCUGGACAUUGUUCUUAACAUGAAGUAGACGCAUCUCCCCUCUGACAUGACAUAGUGUCACACAGUUUUUGACAAACACCAGGAGCAUCAUACUGUAUGAGGAUUAAACUGUGUGUGCAGCUCAUGAGGCUUCCUCUCAUGGAUUUGGAUCAUUAUAUCUAUAUAAUUAUUUUCAUGUUUACAUUCUUCUGAGAGUGUUUUUGUCCUUGUGCUUGUUGCGUCAGCCAUUUUACAUUACAUGUCACUUGUUCAAUGCUUUUAUCCAAAGCGACUUAUAUACUCAAUACUGUGGGCAAUCCCCACAGGAGCAAUUUGGGGUGAAGUGUCUUGCCCAGGGACACAACGACAUGCUGACUACAGUGGGUUUUGAACCUGUGACCCCCUGAUCCGCACACCAACACGCAACCCACUGCACCACACGCCUCCAUUUCAGCCUACCUCUCCACUAUCAUACAUUGUUAGAAACGGUCAACCCGGCUGCCUUUAUUUACAGAUUAUAUCGACUAAUCUUUAUUUUCGUCAUACUUCACCACCGAAUGACCUUAGUUUUAUCAAAUGUUCUCAUAAUAUCCGCUGUGACCUGAUAUACAGAAUGAUAACAGUACUGCAUCAUGACCCACUUAUACUGUAACAUUUCUGACCCACAAAUGUCUUCGUGUUUUCAAUAAAACUCUGUUCUAACAUUGCAUUGCUGUAAACUAACAUCUACAUUUUGGUUUAGUAAGUUACUGUUAGGCAAGGCCAAACCCGUCAUAUGUGUUUUACCUUGAGAUUAAUAAUACAAUUGCUAUGUUAAUAUCAAUUAAACAAAAAAUACAGUACUUUCAGGUACUACUUCAUUGACUGUCAACAAACGUUUAGGUAUUGUUAAAACAUUUGAGGUAUUGUUAUAAUUGUACAGGUUAAUAGCUAAAGAAAACCUCUGUGUGACGGCCACAGUGCCCGUAAAGCCAGUCCUGAAUUCAACAUCAAAUAUAAAACAAAAUAUACUGAAGAUUAUUUGCUUAAUUUCAUUAUUUCUUUGUUCUGUUUUAUUUAAACAUUAUUUCCAAGGUCUCAUAAACAAGUUUUGUAUCAGAUGGUUGAUGCCGGUCAAGCUGUAAGACAUUUAAACGCUGCUCUACCUCACCAGCGGUCCAUGUUUUCGUCAAAAUGUGCCAAGAUUUCAAAACAAUAAAAGAUAACGUAUUACUCA